AUGGAAGAAAUUAUGGCAACGACACCAGAGAUCAUUUAUGACAUCCCAACCCCAUUCCUAGGUUAUGCUGUGGAAUAUUGGACAUGGCACCUUCAACAGAGCGAUAUCACGGAUGUCGACCACCAGAGUUUUCUCAACGCCAUUGAUAGGAUGCCUAGGAAACUAUUAGAUCACUGGGAAGACUUCCAUCAUGCAUUAAAAGGAUACUCGAAUGAAACGCCAUCCGGGAUCACUCUUGCACAUGUGCUUUCCUCGGAGGGUAUACCAAGACUGUUGAAGAGAAUCGUUGAGUCUGGAAAAUGGCAAAAUGAGAGCCUUCUCAAUGCACAAGACAGAAAUGGACAAACGCCCAUCUCCUGCGCUAUUGAAUCCGAGGAGCAUGCUACAAUCGAGGUAUUACUCGCCACCGGCCAGGUAGACAUCAAUUUGGUGAAUGAACAUGGUAGCGCACCUCUAUCGCUAGCAGCCGACCACGGAUUUGAAGCGGGGGUCAAGCUAUUGCUCGCGACUGGCCAGGUUGACAUCAAUGUGAAGAAUUCUCAAGGCAACACACCUCUCUUCUUAGCUACUGAGCGUGGUCAUGAGACAAUCGUUGAGUUAUUGGUUGCUACUAGCCAGGCUGACGUUGAUGUGGAGAAUUCGAAGGGUGAAACGCCUCUCGUUGCAGCUGCUAAACGCGGAAAUGAAGAAACUUUCAAGCUAAUGGUUGCUAAAAGCCGUUUCGGCAUGCAGUGGGAUCAUAAAUAUGCCCAAAGUCUUCUCCUAGCAGCCAUCCAAGGGAGGAGUGAGGCAAUCAUCAAGCUAAUACUUGGUGCUGCCCAAAUCGACGUUUCAACGGUGUAUAGCAUUAGCCAGCAGCCUCUACCAGCAGUUAUUGACGAGGCUGCGGAGUGCGGAAAUGACAUAAUCGUCAGGUUAUUACUCACUUCUACCUGGGCUGAUGCUGAGAUAAAGAGCGAUAAGGGAACCAUGCCUCUCUUGCUAGCUGCCUCAAAUGGCCAUGCAGAAGUUGUCAAGUUACUACUUGCUACUGGCCAAGUUGACGUCGAUGUGAAGGGUGCUGAGGGUAGCACACCUCUCUUGCUAGCUGCCUCAGAUGGACAUGUUGAAGUUGUUAAGUUACUACUUGCUACUGGCCGAGUUGACGUGGAUGUAAAGAAUGCUAGGGGUCAUACGGCUCUCUUCCUAGCUGCCUCAUAUGGUCAUGUAGAAGUUGUCAAGUUACUACUUGCUACUGGCCGAGUUGACGUGGAUGUAAAGAAUGCUAGGGGUCAUACGGCUCUCUUCCUAGCUGCCUCAUAUGGUCGUGUAGAAGUUGUCAAGUUACUACUUGCUACUGGCCAAGUUGACAUCAAUAUGAAGGUCGCUCAGGGUAGCACACCUCUCUUGCUAGCUGCCUUAGGUGGUCAUGUAGAAGUUGUCAAGUUACUACUUGCUACUGGCCAAGUUGACGUCGAUGUGAAGGGUGCUGAGGGUAGCACACCUCUCUUGCUAGCUGCCUUAAGUGGUCAUGUAGAAGUUUUCAAGUUACUACUUGCUACUGGCCAAGUUGACGUCGAUAUGAAGAAUGCUGAGGGUAAUUCGCCUCUCUUGCUAGCUGCCAGGUGGGGUCAUGUAGAAGUUGUCAAGUUAUUACUUGCUACUGGCCAAGUUGACGUCGAUGUGAAGGGUGCUGAGGGUAGCACACCUCUCUUGCUAGCUGCCAGGUGGGGUCAUGUAGAAUUUGUCGACUUACUACUUGCUACUGGCCGAGUUGAUGUCAAUGCGAGGGAUGAUAAGGGUAAUUCGCCUCUCUGUCAGGCUGCGUAUGAGGAUAACGUGGAAGUUGUCAAGUUGUUGCUUGCCACUAACCAGGUUGACGUCUUUGCGAAGGAUGUGGAGGGUCAUACGGCUCUCUUCCAAGCUGCCCGGGGGAAUGUGGAAAUUGUCGAGUUGUUGCUUGCUACUGGCCAGGUUGACGUCGAUCAUGCGCUGCGCAUCUCCGCCAUGGCGUCCCCCACGCUCGCCUCCUCGACUACCUCGGCCGCUGCCGGGUCCGCCUCCUCCCUGCCCCUCUCCACAGCGGCCGCUGGCCCGACGAGCAAGACGGACAAGCUACGCGCCCUCAUGACCCGCUACGGCAUUCAAUUCGACGGGCCCGUCCGAGCGAGCGCGCACGCCGACUGCCCCCGCAACCUCGCCACGACCUUUGAGCAUAUCCGACGCCUGGGCAAGACCGAGUUCGAUCGGUACAAGGAGGCGAUUGCGCCCGACCUGCGGAACAACCCGUGGAAGGAGCAGGUGCCGAGGCGCGCCUGUAGGGUCGCUUCGUUGGCGAAUGCGUGUCGGUCCGCGAGGAAGAACGAGGCUUCGUGGAGGCUGGCGGUCGAGUCCGAGGUCAUGGCGCGGUUCGCCGUCGAGGUGUCUUGUAAAACAUGUCGCGGGCGCUUAUGGCGGUCAGAGCAAGAGGUGCUGCCUAGCUGCGACAACGAGGAGGAAAGGGAGGGCACUCUGAAGCAACGGCAGCGGAAUAGAAAGCCCUGUGCGUGCCGGUCCGACCUCGCGAGGGACGAUGCUCAGGAACAGGGCAUCAACCCUCUCUUCGAUGAUCGAGCCGACGAGGCAAUCGUGUACUACCCCGAAGUCCAAGCCAUCCUAGGCAAGCGGAAACACCGACCGGACCGAAUAUACGGGCUACGGAGGACCAAGAGGUUCGAGCGCAUACUAUACCGGGAGGACAAGAGGAAGCCCACCGCCAAUGGCAAGUGCAUCGGCGACAACUUGCGCACGACGCCCUUCCACCCGGACGGAGAGCCCAUCCUCAUCGACGCGCAGACGGCGUUUGCCAUUCGCGAGUUGCUGCUCGUGCAGGACGAGCUGCGCCAGGCUGCCGACGAUGAUGUAGAUUGGGAUGCCGCGCCGCUGGCCUGGUUCAUCUCGUACCGCGGCGAACAGUGGCGGGUGUCGGCGGCGUACAUCAAAUGGGUGAAUAAGCAGAGGACAUAUCGCGUCGUCCGUCUAUGGCACGGCGAAAUCGACACGCAGGACGGCGCGAUCCAGCUCCUCCUCAUCAUCGACUACAUCUGCGACUGGGCGCGGGACAAAUACCGCGAAGCCAUCAUCCAAGGCCUACGCAGCCUAGCAUCCAACGACACGCGCAGCCUCGCCCGCGACAGCGACAUCUUCUCCACCCUCGACCCGGCCAGCAACCCCUGGGCCCCGCCCCCGCCGGCGUGGGCCGCCAACGCGCACCGGGGCAGCUACUCGGGCCUCGUGCACGGCAGCGUCGAGCAGGAUCCGCUCGGCGACCUGGGCACGCGCGAGUGCGCGGUGCGGGACGUCCGCUACGUGCGGUCGCACGUGCUGGGGAUAUACCUCGCCGAGGACAACUUUGACUACUUGAUGGAGUCUACCGACUCGGAGGAGGAUUCGCGCGAGCUCGCGGCGGAGAUUCUGAAGACGCUCCAGGCGGCGUGGCGGGUCGAGAGGACGGCGCUGGAUCUGCUCGAGCUGGUGUGGACGGGCCAGGACAAUUGCGGCUCGGGGUCCGAUCCGCCGGACAAGGGGUUCCUCGUCGUGGCUGGCAUUGGUGCCUAUCUCUCGCCGGAGUGGGAACCCUCGCGCACCGUCUUCUACUUUGCCGUCGCAGAGUCCCUCGUACCCUCUCUCGCCCAGGUCGCGGGACUGGACGGGCAGUCGACCGUGAUUUCGGACCUGCUGCGCGCGCCGGCCGUCGGCGACGACGCGUUCGUCAACUGCUUCUCCAAGUUUAGGCGGCAUUCGGCGCGGGACAAUCUCCUUGCCUGCAUGUCCCUUUCCUACGUCGACUCGGAGAGCAUGUCCCCGCACGCGACGGACAAGCAUGAUCUGGCGGCGGAAGCGGCAGCUCGCAGGGAUAGGAACGAGGACGGCGAGGAUGACGGCGAGGAAGGCGGCGAUCGGGAGGGCGGCGACACCUACGGUGUCGGACAGCUCGUCCACCAGAUUUAUAAGCGCCAUUGCAUCGGACGCUGUAAGCCGUCCUCCUCCCUCUUUCGCAUCUCCGACCGCCUCGACCUGGUCCCCUCGUCGACUGCCCCACGGGAGAGGACCUCGAAGUCUUGCCGCCUUCUUCUCCACCGCCGCGGCCGCCACCCACGAGGGGCCGACCCUGAAACGGAGGACGUCUUCGCCGCGGUGCGUCUUCGCUAUGGACCCGGCCGAGAGCCCGUCCAGGGGUGGACGGAGCGCGUCAUCAAGGCCCGAGGCGCCGGGUUGGGAUGGCACUUUGAGACGGCGCGAUUCGACAUGCAAGGGAAGAAGUGGGGCGGGCACUGGACUGCCAAGAACGGCUGCCCGGCGCGCGGGAAGACGGCGAAGAUGGCGAGGACGACGACGGUCUUGCGCGUGCUCCAAACCACCACGCUUUUGCCGGCGGCGGGCGGGGACGGCGCGGGCUCCGAGGACGAAGACGUUAAAGGCUGUGUGGCGCAGCAGCGAGAGUCGGUGGCCGUGACGGUCACGACGAGCCAAAGCCAGCGCGUGAUCAGCGUCAAAGCCGAGGAUGACGACGACGACGAUGACGAUCCCAUCAUUCUUGAGCGCCUCGAGGUAGAAGGCUUCGUCGAGCUGAGCUUCAGCACGAGUAACUCGGCGGACACGAACCGCCACCGCAGCCGCGCCAACUCGGACGUAUCCGCCGCGUCGGGCAAACGCAGCCGGGAGGACGACGGCAGCGUCGUCAAGAUCGUGAAAGCGGAGGAGGCGUCGCCUUCGAAGCGGCUGACGCGUAGCGCGCUGCGCCGACCCCGCCGCACGGCGAGGGCGCGGCCUUUGGCUAUGCCCAAGUAUCUCACGCGGAGGAGGCUGGGCCGUUGA